UAAAACAUAACUUAAUAGUUUAUUGAGUGAGAGAUUUUCUAUUAAUGAAACUUAAAAAGUGCAUAAGAACUUACAUGAGAUGUAGUUUUAUUUAAUUUCGUGAAUGUGUUUUGGGAAUGUGUACUAUGUAAUUCAUGGAAGUGAAAUUAAAUUAAAGGUGCGUUUCAUGUUUGGGAAGGUGUAAUACAACCGGUGGUAUUGGUUGAUAAUUUGUAAACACCAUGUUUUCAAAGAAAAAGAAGAAGCCCCUUAUAUCGCCGCCAAGUAAUUUUGAGCAUAGAGUUCACACAGGCUUUGAUAAACGUGAAGGCAAGUUUGUUGGUCUUCCAUUGCAAUGGGCUUCCCUAGUUGGCAAUAACCAGAUAUUAAAAUCCACAAAUAGGCCCUUACCUCUAGUGGAUCCCUCCGAGAUUACUCCCACCGAGAUAUUAGAUUUAAAGACGAUUGUAAGGGGCGAUCACCGAACUACCUCAGUUGCUGCAGUUUCCCGCCCAGUUUCCACAAAUCCAAUAAGUCAACCAAUACAAAAUGGUGUUGUUUUGCCAAAAACGUCUAAUGUGGCAAGAUCAAAUUCAUUACGAAGCUCAAGUCCGCCUAGAAUACGUCGAGAUUUUCGUAAUCAGCCAAACAUCCCUCCGUCAGUACCAGAAGAGUCUCCUCCUGUCCCUCCAGCGCCACAGCAAUAUCCAAGUUUGAGGAGGGAGCAGAGUAAUUAUGCUUUAAACAAACCAAUAUCUGAUUCUCCUAUUGAUUGGAGUCAUUCUCAUGAAACAACAGUGAGGCCAGUAUCAGAAAUAAAUGAUAACCAGCAGGCAGCUAUGAUGUACCAAAAUAUACAGAAUGCUAACAUACCAUAUCAACAUAACCACCCACCUCAGCCAUUAGUUCAAGGGCAGCAUGGCAUGAAUGGAAACAACAAUUUGGGUGAACCCUACCCAGCCACAAUACGACACCCACAGCCAGGUCCGCCUGGGGCUCCUCACAUGCCUUUAACGGAGAACAAACAUGAGUUGCGUUUAACACAUGAACAGUUCCGAGCGGCUCUUCGUCUGGUAGUAAGCGAGGGGGAUCCACGUGAGACGUUAAGCGGGUUCAGCAAGAUCGGCGAAGGAAGCACCGGCGUGGUUUGCGCCGCUACAGACACUCGAACGCGACGGCGUGUGGCCGUCAAGAUGAUGAACCUACGCAAGCAGCAUCGACGAGAAUUGCUGUUCAACGAAGUGGUGAUAAUGCGCGACUACCCACAUCCAAACAUAGUGGAAAUGCACGCCUCUUAUCUUGUUGGAGAUGAGCUUUGGGUGGUGAUGGAAUACAUGGCGGGAGCGUCCCUUACGCAGAUCGUCACCCGCGCGAAGAUGGACCCCGAACAAAUUGCCACCGUCUGCAAACAGUGCUUGAAGGCACUCGCAUUCCUGCACGGCCAAGGCGUUAUACAUCGGGAUAUCAAAUCUGACUCAAUACUCAUGACCGCAGAUGGCAGAGUCAAACUGUCAGAUUUUGGUUUUUGCGCUCAAGUAUCGCAGGAACUGCCCAAGCGAAAAUCAUUGGUAGGCACGCCAUAUUGGAUGUCACCAGAGGUUAUAUCCAGACUGCCGUAUGGUCCCGAAGUGGAUAUUUGGUCUUUGGGCAUCAUGCUGAUAGAGAUGGUUGACGGAGAGCCACCGUUCUUCAACGAACCACCAUUGCAGGCUAUGCGCCGUAUCCGCGACAUGCCACCACCGAGGCCACGUGGUGCAGGAAGAUGUCCAGCCGAUCUAUUGUCCUUCCUCGAGUGCGCGCUAGUGCGAGACCCGGCGCAGAGAUACUCCGCUGCCAGACUGUUACACCAUCCCUUCCUACGUAGAGCUGGCCCACCCGCACUCCUCGUACCGCUAAUGCCUCACCCACAGUGACCCACCUAAGGCCUGUCAUCAAAAAGUCAUCAGUCAACAAGGCAGCUAAUUAAAUAUUAUUAUAAACAAAACAACAUGACAAAAGGGAACUCUGUUCCCGGAUCCAUACAACCAAAACCUAUAUUAUAAAAAUCAUGUCUUGAUGUCUUAAUCAUACGAAAACAAUAUCGUUAAAUGCUCAGCUAUUUGUAUAUUUAACUUAUAUUUCUUUGUAUAUUAUUAAUGAAAUUUUAUACAAGUGACGAUUAUUCGAAAGCAAUAAUAUUGUACUUUUUUGAGUAACUUAAUUAAUCAUUAUCUUUUUACAAAUUAGGUUUAGGCCCAGUGUAAUCAUUCCAUCACUCAAACUAUCAUUCCUCUUGUGUUUAUUUAUAUGAUACAUUUUUUUUUUCAUUGAAAUAUAUGCAUGCAUUCCAUAGAGGCAAAGUCUGUGCUUAGUCUAUGAAUUCAGUAACAACCAAAAAGAAUAAUUAUUUAUGUUCAACCGACAGUUAAAAGGUAUUUAAGAGCAGGUAUAGUAGUUAAUUAUACCUUCUCUUAAAUACAUUGCGUGGGCGCGUAUCCUGUUCUUUGGAAACAAAAUGUACGAAUUGUCCCUAGACCGAUAGUGGCUAGCAUAAUAGGGUGUUUGACUGCUUUUUUUUAGCUUCGCAAAUGAUAAUUCUAUUAAUAUUAUUUACUAAUAAUAAAUUAAACGUUUGGGGUCGCAUGACUGCAAUGCAUCGCAAGUACAUAAAAUGUGCAAACUGAUAACUGCCUUUCACAUAGUAAUUAUGUAUUUCGAAUAUUUUUUCCCAGUGAAAGAGACAUGCGAAUUCCGAUUUUUAAAGUCGCAACAGAAUUCGGAUUGUACAAGCGUCAUAUUGGGAUUCUGUUUAACGCUGCGGUUUAAGCAGCGGUCAGCGGCUGCGGUAGAUUAAUGCAGUUGUGUAAACCGCACGAAAGCUACUCCAAAACUGCCCUUUUGCAGUAUGUGUGCAGUUCUAAUUCUGACCAUUGCUUGUGAGCCAUCUGGCAACUUCGCUAGUAGCAUUUUGAGUCAACUUUAUACUGUGGUACUUAUUGUGAGUACUGGCGUGAAACUAUAGCCGGGCGCUACAACAGGCGUCGCUGGCAGGGGAGAGACUCCGCAGUCCUCCGCACAUCUUCACAGAUAUGCAAUUAAACAUUGGCGUGACCAAGGUUUUUGAGAAGAGAAGGAAUAAAGCAGAAAGGUAGCGUAAAUGGAAAUACCCGACUCCUAUACGAGCAGAAGAAAUUUAAUGUAUGCAGUUUUUGUGCAUGUAUGUAUGUACGUGCACGCCACUGCCAUCUUCGAAACACAGUAUGAUAAAAAUAUUGCCUUGAUUGUGUUGUUGGAACUAAAGAUAAUUAUGUAUUUACAACUCGUUUAACAGUUUUUGCUAAUCUUACGCCUUACAAUGUCAUAUCUUUACCCCGUCCAUACUAAAUAACUAUUUGGUAUUUUCUACAGUACAAUUUAAAA